AUGGAUGUUAUUGGGCCAAUUGAGCCGAAAGCAUCUAACGGGCAUCGAUUUAUUUUAGUUGCCAUCGAUUACUUUACUAAAUGGGUAGAAGCUGCCACAUUCAAAUCAGUCACCAAGAAAGCAGUGGUGGGCUUUGUGCAUUCCAACAUCAUAUGUCGUUUUGGCAUACCAAAAAUCAUUGUUACAGACAAUGCAAUGAAUCUCAACAGCCACCUAAUGAAGGAAGUCUGUGAGCAAUUUAAAAUUGUUUGUCGUUAUUUAACCCCUUAUCGGCCCAAAGAAAAUAGGGAUGCUGAAGUGGCAAAUAAAAACAUCAAGAAGAUUCUUAGGAGAAUGGUGCAAGGAUCUAGACGAUGGCAUGAAAAAUUACCCUUCGCUCUCAUGGGAUAUCGCACAACUGUUCAUACGUCAGUCGGUGCAACUCCCUACUUAUUGGUUUAUCGAACUGAGGUUGUCAUACCCGCAGAAAUUGAAAUCCCUUCCCUUCGAACCAUUGUUGAAGCAGAAAUUGAGGAUACAAAAUGGGUUAAAUCAAGUUUAGAACAAUUAGCACUGAUAGACGACAAACGGUUGACAUUAAUUUGUUUUGGUCAAUUAUAUCAGCAUAGGAUGGCUCGGGCUUAUAAUAAGAAAGUAUGCCCAAGAAAUUUUGAAGUAGGUCAACUUGUUGUGAAACACAUCCUUCCCCACCAAAACGAGGCCAAGGGAAAGUUUGCUCCAAAUUGGCAAGACUCUUAUGUUAUUAAGCAAGUGUUAUCCAAAGGAGCUUUGCAAUUGGCAGAUAUGGAGAGAAAGGAGAUCGACACAAUUGUCAAUGCAAAUUCGGUCAAGAGAUACUAUGUUUAG